AUGGUUGCUGGACAAUACUUCCUCUUUGGCCUGCUCGCCCUCGGCCAGAGCGCCCUUGGUCUCCCCUCAAGCUCCGGUUCCGGCGCAAGCGGAAUCCUUUCCAGCAUCGACACCAUCAACUCCGGAGUGAGCACAAUCAACUCAACCCUGGGUACCUUCUCCGAAAACUCCGACGUCACUUCAACCGCUUUGAAGAUCCAGUCUGAGGCUACGGACCUUCUGAAUGAUAUCAACAAGGGAGCUCAGGUUGCUGAGAAGGCUGAUACUCUUGAUUCGGAUGACCAGCAGAAGCUUUACUCGGCUACUGUUUCUCUGUCUGACAAUGUCUUUUCCCUGCUUGAUGGACUUGUCGAUAAGCAGGAUGUCUUUAAGAAGGCCGUUCUUGGUGGCUCGGCUGAUGGACUCGUCGACAAGGACCUUGAGAACUUGAAGAAGGCUACCGAUAGCUUCGGUCAGGCUAUUAUUAAGACUCUCUCUGGUUCCGUCAAGGACAAGGGACCUGCUCUUCUGAAGAAAAUCGAUUCGCAUUUCGAUACUGCUAUCAAGGCUUUCUCUUCUUAA